GUCAGCUCUGCAGACGGAAGAAGACGGGCCGCUCGGGAUUGGAUGGCGAGAUCUCGAUUUUCCCAAAGUUGCGUCAUUUCGAACCCAAUUGGGUCCAGAUGUUAUGGGCACCGACGGGUUACCGUCUCGGAAACUCAAUCAGACGCAAGCGAAGGAGAGGAGGCGGUUAAUUAAAUAUUGAGCAGAAAGUCGCGUGGGGAGCGUGUCACGUGGGCCUCGGGGCUCGUCGGGGCUCAUAUAAAUACCGCGCGGCACCGAGCGGGCAAAAGAGCGCGCCGCUGCCUCCACCACCUCGGAGACCGAGAGCGCAGAGCGCCCCGCGUGCGCUCAGAGCAGCCAGAGGAAUCCUUCGGGCCUGCCCGCCGCAAAAUCCAACAUGAAAAUCCUCGUGGCCUUGGCCGUCUUUUUUCUCAUCUCCACUCAACUGUUCGCAGAAGAAAUCGGAGAUAACGAUGAUCUGAAUUAUUGGUCCGACUGGUCCGACAGCGACCAGAUCAAGGAGGAGCUGCCCGAGCCCUUUGAGCAUCUUCUGCAGAGAAUCGCCCGGAGACCCAAGCCUCAGCAGUUCUUCGGAUUAAUGGGCAAACGGGAUGCUGAUUCCUCAAUUGAAAAACAAGUGGCCCUGUUAAAGGCUCUUUAUGGGCAUGGCCAGAUCUCUCAUAAAAGGCAUAAAACAGAUUCCUUUGUUGGACUAAUGGGCAAAAGAGCUUUAAAUUCUGUGGCUUACGAAAGGCGUGCGAUGCAGGAUUAUGAAAGAAGACGUAAAUAAACCAGCUAAUGUGUAAUUUAUUGAGCUUCAUUUGUGUCAGUGGCCAGUGAAAGGUAAAAUGAGACAUGCACUAUGAGGAAUAAUUAUUUAAUAACAAUUGUUUUGAGUUGAAAACUCAAAAAACUGUUUUUCAUAUCGUGCCAAUAUGUGUUGUGAAAGUGUGUUAGAAUUCUAAUAGGACUCCCUCAGACAUAGAAGCCAGUGGUAAUUUCUCAACAAGGCACAGUGUUCAAUGAAAGUGAAAUACAGUCUUCAAAGAAGUCAUUUUUGUUUCUUGGAAGCAGUCACGUCAGCCACUGCUAAAGGAAAGGAAACUCACAGACAGGCUUGUGCUUCAUCUGUUUUCAUGGUGGAAAUGUACUAAGAUUUGGUAUAAAACUGUAUCCCUGCAGCAUGUUUCACGUGUUGUGACUAUAUAGAGAUGUUUUUAAAGUUUUAAUGUGAUUCUAAGGUCUUCACUUCAUUGUAUAAUGCGUUGUGAGUUAACAUUUUAAAUAAAAGAAAAAUUACCUUGAA